AUGUCGUGCUCAUUGGUAUUCUCCCUACUUACCGUCCUUUUCGUCGCCAUGCAAACUCAUGCGGGCCUAACACGUCAUCACAGCAGAGUACACGAAUUCAACGCCGAUCAAACUUUGAUCGAUUUCUUAUUGAACACGCGCAACUUCCAGCAAAGUGAUCCAAGGCGUUCCAACGAAUGCUUCGGCUACUAUUUGCCAAAACUCACCGAUUGCUAUGAGGAAUAUGAAAAGGACUAUUCGCAAUGUUUGGAUAGUUCCGAGGAUAGACGCAAAAAAAUCGACGAGUCAACACAUAAACAGCGAGAAGAAAUCGAAGAUUCGAGUGAGCAUGCCUGCAAGUUGCUCGAAAACUGUGUACCCAAAAAGGACUCGAUUGAUUACUUUGAGUGCUUCGAGUUGGCUAGUAAUUCAAAUCAGCGUACGAUGUAUAAAGUUUCCACAAAUGCCUCCGAUACGUUGGCUAAAGUGAAACAAGCUUAUAGCGAAUCCGAUUAUCAGGAGAAUGUUUGCCUGGUCGAUUCAAAGCGCAAAUACGAUGGAAAUAAUAAAGUCAUCUACAACAGUUUGCAAAGUUGCCUAAAUGGUGAAUCUGAUGUACCAACAACAACCACAGCGUACCCAAGUCACACAACAAAGUCAACAACGCAUAUAUCUCCGGAUCCAACUACAACUGAAAAAUAUUAA